GGAAAUAUCUUAAACAUGCAGGGCAGGGGGGUCCCAAGGACCAGGAUUGAGAACCACUGUUAUAGCGUACCUGCAAUGCAGCCCAGUAUGUGAUGCAAUCAAUCUAGCAGCACUAGAUAGUGGCUACUGUGUGACCCCUGAGCCCUCUCCUCCGCCCCCUCAGGUAUGAGCCAGCAGCCUGAUGGAGGAUUCGGGGGGCCCGCCACGCCCCAGAGCCCCCUGCUGUCCCCGCGCAUGGCCCAUGCCCAGUCCCCCAUGAUGCAGCAGGGCCAGGGCGGAGCCUCGUUCCAGGCCUCCCCAGAUAUGAACGGCUGGCCGCAGGGCAGCAUGGGAGCAAACAGCAUGUUUGCCCAGCAGCAGCAGCAGUCGCCGUCGUCCCAGUUUGCCCAGCAGCCCAACGGCGCCAUGUACAACGUCAACGGCAUGAACCUCAACGUAUCCAUGGCGACCAACGCCAACAGCAUGGGUCCCAUGGCGGGCCAGAUGGGGGUCACCUCCCUGGUGCCCUGGGCCCUCGCCCAGCAUGUCAGCUAUGGGUCAGGAACAGAAAUACUGUUGACCCAUGUGGAGCAUGCAGCCAGCACUUCAAUGCUACAAGCCAGAGUCUGUUGGUUGUUACCCAACAUUCAGCCAACCAACAGGCCUCUGGACCAGCUUGGGCCUGCCCUGACCCAGCGCCCCCAGCCCACCCUCACCCAGCCUGGCCUGGUUUGGCCUCUACAUAGCCCCUCUGAGGGCAUGGGCCAGGACUGAGGACAGGCGGUUGGGGGGGGUGGGGCUGGGGGGUGAAUCAUGGGACUUCUCAAAACGCCUAACCCUGCUCUUGUAGAGGCCCGUGAGCCUGUCUGUCUGUCCAGCUGCAUUCACCGUGGUGUGACUUACUCCAGACAUCCCCUGAGUGGUUCUUCAUGCUGACGGACAGGCAGCAGGGGGGGGGGAUCCCUUGUCAGAUGAAUGUAUUCCUCUCAGUGGACUGCGGCCAUUUGCAAUCUCAUCUCAAAUAUAUACACAGUUCUUUUUCUCUUUUCCCUCCCCCCCCCCUUUUUCUUCUUGGCCCCUUCUUUCCGAUCCCCUUAAAAUCCCUCCGUUGCACAAUGGCAGCAAAGUGACUCCAAACUAAGUUUUUGGGGGAUUCUGAGGAGUGAUCUGUAAAUGUUCUGCUGUUUUCACCUUUUUGCUGGUUUUUACCGCCUUUUGAAUUUAGUUUUUUUCUUUUACAAGUAGAAUGAAGAUAUUCAUGGUUUGACAACUUAUAAUGAAAUACACUGCAGAAGAAUGGUUUGAGUGAAAAAAAUGGUUUGUAUGAUUAGACUUAUUUAGUCAAGAGGUUUAUAGUGUAUUAAAUUAAGUUUUAUUUUUUUAAUUAUUGUAGAUUAUUCUUUAUCACAGUAGCUAGAUUGUGUCUGAAGUGGUUUAAAGUGUGAAAGAGGCACUUUUUAAUCCUAAAUGGUGAUAUUCUUUCUGAAAAUACUUCAAAAAUUACCUUGUAAAAAUUGGGUUUUCUUUUGGUCCAGUAGUUUCAGAAAAAAAAGAUGUUGAAAUAUCGUAUGGUUUAAGAAAACAAGAUUGCAGAGAGAUUGUACAUAAUAGCAAGAGUUUUCUCCUAUUUAUUCUAUUCCUUUCGGGUUUGCGGUCUCCCUGGCCGCUCUUUGGCUGCGUCUUGAACAGAAGCAGUGUAUUAAUGUUUGUUUUGGGGAAGCAGUUCUGAAAUCUCAGACUCUGGUAUGGUACUGGUGGGGGGAGGGGGGGGGGGGGGGGGGGGGGGGCGUGGUUAUCAGACACUGAGGUCAGACUCUAUAGGGGGUGUAGGUGUGUGUGCAGUGUAUACAGUGUACAGAUUAUCGCUUGCUUCUCUGCUUAUAGCGUGUAGAACUCAACAAAGACGGGACAAAAUUCAACACAGCCAUACAGUAACUACAAAAAUGGAAGUGUGCUUUCUAUGUUGUUUGGAGUGAGAUGCUAAGCUGCUAGGUGCAAACUGGUCUGGAGUGUGAUGUAAACAAGCAAUAACCAUUACUUGAGGAUCUUUGUUUUCUUUCAUGAUUUCUCUUUUUUUUUUUUUUUUUUUUUUUACUUUCUUUGGUUUUAUUUGAAAGAAAAAUUUGUUUUGUAAUUUUUUGUACAGUUUCCUGGAGAUGCUUAGCUCCGCGGUUUCUACGCAGUAUUAAAACACAUACUUUUUUAUGCAGUUUGUAUCAAAGCCGUCUAAAUCCAAUUGUUCCACCUUAGAUUAUGCAGUCCAGGGGGUAUGUGGCUCAGCACUACCUGCCUGUGGACAUGUGCAGGUCAGGCUUGGUGGUAGAGGAGGGGGGGUGGAGCUGGGUAACACCUGCCUCUGGGUACUCACAGACCCUCUCUGACUCCAGCCUCUGUUCUAUAGUAGAUGUCAGAGAGCAAGUCUGCUGGUCAUGUAUGACCUGCUCUGACACAAUCGUAGCCAUAUUGUUUGACCUCAGGCAGUUUAACUGAUGUUUUCACAGACUUUAAGUCUCCUUCCCCAACAGGUUUUUUUGACCUCCUUUGUUAGAUCAAAGGCAAGGCCACAGUCUGACCUCAAAAGUACAUUUUCCUCUAAUCCUAAAGAUUUUGAUAAUGCUGUGUAAGCUUGGCACUAUUCUCGAGCAAGCCAAAUAUCCCAUGCCUUUUGAAUUGGGUUUCUGAAUUCUACCAGCCUAUCAUUUGGGUAUCACAUGAUGAAGGAAGGACCUAGCACGUUUGAAGACCUGUACUUAGAGUGAGCCAUGUUCAAAGAAAACCAAGAUGUCACCUCUGAAGUGUGUGUGAAUUGGUGUGGAUGACAGAGUUUACAAUAUGAAACGGUGGGAUUAAUAUUUGAAUGUAUAUUGAUUGCUGGAAUUGUGUGCAGAUCUUAUGUUGACUGGUAUUGGCUGACAAUAUCAGUUCCAAUGUUUUUGUCCAGUUUAACCUUCCCAGAGGCAAUUUGGUACCAGCUAUGUAGUGAUUUUAGCUUUGUAGACUCCUGGUGUGUAUUGGUCAGGAUUCAGGUGGUGUUUGCUGGGUACAGAAAUUGUCUUUCAUUUCUCUAGAGAUUGUCCUCACUUUGGGCACAAAUUGGGCUUUUUCUGAAGUUAUGGAUUCAAAUGUUUUUGUUUUUACAAUUUAUCUAGCACCCUUUUGAUAAAUUCUAUAAGAUUUUUAAAAAUUGACAUUUGUGAUGAACACGUAUUUUAGUCGUUUAAAUUAAAUCAUUAUCAACCCCCUUUGCAAAUUUCCAAAGAUUGUCAAGAUUUUGAAAUGACGAUAACGUAGCCAUGGUUUUGUAACAUUUAUAUCAGGACUAGGAGCAAACGAAUUGCCCCACAAGAUAUACCGUAUCACACAGGCUUUGAAUUCAAAAAACACCAUUUUACUUUUGAUUUUGGACAUUUGAAAUAUCCUUUUUUGUAUUGUCUGCCAAUUUCUUAGAGCUAAAUGCAAGGACCUUGAAAUGCUACAAACCUAGCAUAUUGCCUUAGAAUCGUCUGUUCUCGUUCUUGUACAUUCUGAAGUUGUAUGUAUAAUAUUUGUAUAGUGAAUCGUGUACAAUAUUGAAUGGGCGCAUCAUUGCUCAACUCAUUUGCUGGAGACUUAGAUGCAGCACUCUCUCACUGCUCAGUUUCUUCUGUUUGUGAUCGAUUGAACUCUGUAUUGUUUGUUUAAUUUCUUUUCUCUCACAGAACUGUUCUUUGAGCCGUGUUUGGAAAAUAUGAUGCAUAGGGAUUUUGAAGCAAUAUGUAAUAUAUUCUAUGGACUUUCUGGAGAAAGCUUACAACAGUGUUGCGCGUUCCGAAAUGUAUUUUUUUCCAGCCGUGUUGUUCACAAGAAAAAUCACACUGUUCACCCCGCAUCGACGUUUGUAAUCCUAUAGUGUGAGCAUUUUAUGCAAAAUUAGAUAUACCGAGAGAAGUUCAAACAGUUAUGCAAGUUGUCAACUAAUAUGGCUUCGCUGAUGCUAUUUGCAAUUUGAUGUUGAAUAAUACCCUUGUAAAUAAAGAUUCUGUUAUUGCAACAUUUA